AUGAGGAUCAUCAUCGUUGGUGGUGGCAUUUCAGGCCUAACGCUCUACCUCUACCUUCAAAAGGUGCUCCAGGAAUCCUCGCCAAAGCCCACUGGCAUCAGCAUCCACAUCUAUGAGAAAUACACCGACCGUGCUACCACGUCCGCUUCACCUGACGCCCUCAUUAUCGGCGGCUUCCUCGCCAUCGCACCCAAUGGCCUUGAAGUCAUCCGCGGCCUUGAUAGGACUCUCUUCGAUUCGAUCUGCAAUGCCGGUCAUCCUAUCACCUCCUUUACCUUCUCCUCACGCUACGGUCACAAAUUAGGUCAGAUGCCCUGCACGUCUUACUCCGAUCCGCCACAAGCGACAAUCGUAAUCGCCCGGCAAACGCUGUGGGACUGCAUCCGCGCCCACGUCCCUGACGACGCAAUAACCCACGCUGCCAUCUCUAGCAUCAUCAUCCCCAGUCCAUCCGACGUGACAGGCAAGCCCACGCUGCACUUCUCCGACGCCUCAAUACCUCCUGAGCAAGCCGACCUUGUAAUCGGCACCGACGGCGUCCACAGUAUCGUCCGCAAAGCCUUUCCCAGCUCCACUGUCACCGACCAUUCCCCCAAGUACGUCGGUCUUGUAGGCAUAGGAGGUUUGCUCCCACCAUCUCCACCUCCAUCUCCCCCUUCCCCAUCAUCACCCUCUCCUUCCAGACCUCACCCUACCAAGCCCAAAUUAGACGACAGCACCAUGACCCUCACAUUCGGUCCCAACGGCUUCUUCGGCUACGGCGCCAUCAGCCCCACCCUUCCCCCCAACUCAACCCGCACUGAUCCAUCAAUAGGGUGGUGGAGCACCUACUCCUCGCCCCACCCGCCCAACUCCAAGAGUCCCAUAAACGCCUCCGAAGUCGCUGCCUCCCUACGCACGCGACAUAAAGACUGGACGGACCCCGUGAUCCAGCGCGUGAUCAACGCUGCGAAACCAGAGACCGUGUAUCCGACGUGGGUGGUCCCGCUGGAGAGUCUUCAGACAUGGUAUUUAUCCGGCGGGGGUGGGGACAAGGAGGGAGGCGGGAAGGAGGACGAUGGUGAUAGCGAGAAGGAAUGGGGGGUAGUACUGGUAGGCGACGCAGCCCACGCGAUGCAGCCUUCAGCAGGACAAGGUGUGUCCAUGGCGCUGGAGGACGUGGAAGUUCUUUCUAUCCUGCUGACUUCCUACCUCAACCCUGCCUCCCCCUCCCCUUUACUUUCCCCUAACCCCGCCUCCAAAUCCCCUCCUCCCUCCCCUUCCUUCACACUCUCCACCAUCCUAGAUCAAUACCACACACUCCGCCGUCCGCGCGUGACAAAAGUAGCAAAAAUGGCGUCCCGUAACGGCGACAAGAAACGCGACCUCGGCGUGUUUGCGGAGUGGACGAUGUACGGCGCCAUCUGGGCGAUGGGGCAUCUGAUGCCGUUACUGGGCGGGGAUCGGUGGGGAGAGUGGUUAUUUUGUAAGCCUGGCAAAUGUAGGACGCCAGGGGAGGAGGCGAGGGACUGGGUUGAGGGGUCGAGGGGGAGGAGAGGAAGUAGAUAG